AUGUGUACUGAUUAUGGGAUUGUUAGCUGUACCCCGCCCCUAUACGCACUGGUUAUUGGCAUCGACAAAUACCUUUCGAACGGGAUCCGAGAUCUGAAGGGUGCAGUUGCCGAUGCUGACGCAGUCAAUACAUUUUUGCAAGAGACUCUCCUCGUUCCAAAAGACCAAAUCAAGAAUCUUCGCAACGAGGAUGCCACGAGAGUUACUAUCGAGACAGAGAUUAAGAGGCUUGGGGAUAAUUCAGCAAUCAAGAAGGAGGACCCGAUUCUCAUCUACUAUGCAGGGCACGGAGCCGAAGCGGAUGCGCCGUCUGGAUGGCCCAGCACCAACAAGAAAAUACAAAUGCUUCUUCCUUACGACUUUGACCCCAACGGGUCGACCGACUCCGAGCGAGGUCAAGGUCUAUUGGAUACGAAGCUCUCUCAUCUUCUCGCAGACCUCGCUAUGAAAAAGUCAGAUAACAUUACUGUUAUUCUUGAUUGUUGUCACUCUGCUUCGGGCACGCGAACAGUCAACCAUGAUCCGACCUUCGCCGUACGGGGGAUCGAGCUCCCAGAGACUUAUACUAUCCCUCGAGGCCUCUUCCAUCAUGACAUUUCGCAUUACAAGUCUCGGUCGAGUUCCACUGCACAGGGAUUCGAGAGGACAGGUCUAUCAUCACACAUGCUCCUUUCAGCAUGUAAGCAGGGGCAAGAAGCCAGAGAGGCAGAUGGACAUGGCGCCUUUACUUCAGCGUUGUUGAGUUUGCUGAAGAAAAGCGGCGUCGACAAGCUUACUUACAAAGACGUAAUAACCCAUCUACCCGAUCUUCCCGCACAGAAUCCGCAGUGCGAAGGUGUCAACCAAUUCCGACGCCUUUUCAAUUCCAAAGUAGCCAGCCCGCAACACAAACUAUAUGACAUCCGCGUAUCCCACUGCGGCCGGUACGUUUUGAAAGCUGGCUCGGUCCAUGGGAUCACAAAGAACGCCGAGUUCGCCGUGUUCGCUGACAGAAACAUGGUAUCUGAGCUUGGAACUAUCGUUGCUUCAAGGAUCACCGCUUUCACCACCACAUGCGAUUUCCACCCCCGGGGCAAUGAAACUCCCUUCUUCCUAGCUCAUCCAGGAUUUGCCUUGCAGACUCGAGUCGGCGAGGGACAUGAUGUUCGCCUUUUCAUAGAGCCGGUCCGAAAGUUAUUCAGUGUCUUGAAGCAGAUAGGCGAGGAGAUGCAAAAUGGCGAAGCACGACAGAGGAGAUUGCAUUUGGUGGAGAGCCGAAACGAUCAUCCCGAUCUAGCGGUUUCUGCGCAUGGUGAUGUUGUCCAUUUCGAGAUCAUGGACAAGCUCUGUCGACAACAUGGGCUAACACGCAUGCCAUUCAAAGUCAAAAUCGAUGAUCCAGACACUAUCCACCGCAUUCUUCAACGCUCUGCUCAUUUUUACUGGCACCUUCACCAGUCUAGCCAAGGAAGUCCCCUCGCCGGAAAGGUCACACUCGAGUGUAUGAAGUUGCAAGAAACCAGAGACUUCAUCCGCGGCUCCGACAAGGUUUUGAUGCCUGACCCCCAUGGCCAUAAUUUGAACAUCGGAGGUGUGAUUGUAGUCAAUGUCGAUGAGAAAGCAAUGUAUGGAUUCAAGAUCACCAAUACCACAUCGGUCUGUCUUUAUGUUUCGAUGUUCUAUUUUGAUGUCAUUCCGUACUAUCAACCGGGAAGUGCAAAAGACGGCGCCGUUGAUGUUUCUCUUCCUCCUGGAGAAUCGUCGACCAUCGGCUACGGCGCGAGUGGGACGGUUCCGCAUACGUACACACUAAAGAAGGGACAAGAUGUUGAUGUUGGCUUCUUGAAGCUCUUCUUCUCAACGGAGUACAAGGACUUGUCGGGCAUUACCCAAAGCUCGCCUUUCGGUGACAGUCGCAAGAGCGAUCCAGUUCCGGAGAAGAAGAGGUAUGUAGGGGACACAAUGUGUAUUGCAGUUGUCCAGAAACAUGGAGAGGGUCCCUCACGAUGCCGGGACAGGGGUUGGGAUCAUCAUCACCAUCAUCAUCAUCAUCAUUUUACAUAG